UGAGUUUCAAAGGAGACGGAUAACGGAAAACCAAGCACCUGGCUCUGGGGCUGGAUACUCUAAAGUGUCAUCUAGAGAUGGACAUAUUCAGGUGUUUAAUGACGAAAAUUUAAAUCCCAACAAGCCUGCUCAAGCUAAACAUCAAGUUCAGAAGUGUAAUGAUGAAAAUGUGAAUCCCAACCUUGCUCCAAAAGUUCAAAUAUACAAUGACGAGAAUUUGAAGCCCAGUGUGCCUCCACAAGUUCAAAGUCAGGUCCAAGUGCAUAAUGACGAAAAUCUGAAUCCCAGCGUUCCCUCACAGCGAAUCAUGUACUGCAAGGAGAAACUACUAAUGGGCAUAGAGGAACUGUCUUUUGAAGAGCUUCGUGCCAAACAUUGGUGGGCUAAACGUAAAAGGGAGCAGGAAAUCAAGGCUUUUAUUGACGAGGAGAAACGUGGCCUGGAGGAGGAGAAGAGGCGAUUUACAGAGGAGAUGGAGCGAAAUCGGGCAAUGUUGGCACAGGAGGCUGAAAAAAUUAGACACGAGCGUGACCGUUUGCGACAGGAACAGGAAGAGAUGCGUCUACAAUGUCAGCAGCAACAGGCACGGGCCAACAUGGAGAGAGUGACUCUACAACAACAACAACAACAACAGCAGCAGCAGCAUCAACAACAGCAUCAACAACAACUACAGCCGCAGCAACAGCAGCGACAACAAGAAGUUAUGGAGAUGGAAAUACAACAGAGACUGGCCACUCAGCUGAGCAUCAGUGACGCCUCAAACCAACAUUUAUCUGGGUUUAGGACCAG